AUGAGAAGUCAAAGAAAUGGUACCUUGGAGAGCUCAAAAAGCCUUUACUCCAGUAUUUCUCGUAGCACGGACCUAUCGUACAGCGAGAGUGAUUUGGUGCACUUCAUCCAAGAGAACUUUAAGAAGAGAGAGUGUGUCUUUUUCACUAAAGAUGCCAAGUCAAUUGACAACCUGUGUAAAUGUGGGUACUCAAAAUUGCAACAUGUAGAAGGGACUCAGAUUAACAACCAUGAGAAAUGGAAUUAUAAGAAACACACUAAAGAACUCCCAACAGAUGCCUUUGGGGACAUUGAAUUUGAAAAUUUGGGCAAGACAGGAAAGUACAUCCGCCUGUCAUGUGACACAGACUCUGAAACACUCUAUGACCUAAUGACCCAGCACUGGCACCUGAAAACACCCAACCUCAUAAUCUCUGUCACAGGUGGAGCAAAAAACUUUGCUUUAAAGCCACGUAUGCGUAAGAUUGUCAGCAGAUUGAUCUACAUUGCACAGUCUAAAGGGGCCUGGAUAUUCACAGGGGGAACUCAUUAUGGAUUGAUGAAGUAUAUCGGGGAAGUAGUAAGAGAUAACACCAUCAGUAGGAGUUCUGAAGAGAAUGUGGUUGCUAUUGGCAUAGCUGCUUGGGGGAUGGUUUCUAACCGUGAAAGUCUGACCAGAAGCUGUGAUGCUGAGACCUAUUAUUCAGCACACUACAUCAUGGAUGACCUCAAGAGGGACCCGUUGUACUGUUUGGAUAAUAAUCAUACUCAUCUAAUUCUGGUUGAUAACGGCACUCAUGGAUACCCAGCCAUAGAGGCCAAGCUACGAACUCAGCUAGAAAAAUAUAUUUCAGAACGCAUCAUUCCAGAUUCUAAUUAUGGUGGAAAGAUUCCAAUUGUGUGUUUUGCCCAAGGAGGAGGAAAAGAAACUCUAAAGGCAAUUAACACUGCAGUCAAGAGCAAAAUUCCUUGUGUGGUGGUAGAAGGUUCUGGUCAAAUCGCAGAUGUAAUUGCAAGCUUAGUGGAGGCAGAAGGUACACUUACCUCUUCAUCUGUCAAAGAGAGAUUGCUCAGAUACCUGCCUCGCACUCUUUCUAGACUCACAGAAGAGGAGACUGAAAGCUGGAUUAAAUGGAUCAAAGAAGUACUUGAAAAUCCUCAUCUGCUAACUGUGAUCAAAAUAGAAGAAGCUGGAGAUGAAAUUGUGACCAAUGCCAUUUCAUACGCACUCUAUAAAGUUCCCUCUCCACUUGUAGCUUUCAGCACAAAUGAACAAGAUAAAGAUAACUGGAAUGGGCAACUGAAAUUACUUUUGGAAUGGAACCAACUGGAUCUGGCUAGUGAAGAUAUUUUUACUAACGAUCGACGUUGGGAGUCUGCUGACCUACAGGAUGUCAUGUUUACAGCCCUGGUGAAGGACAGGCCAAAAUUUGUUCGCCUCUUUCUAGAAAAUGGCUUGAAUCUGAGGAAGUUUCUCACUAAUGAUGUACUAACUGAGCUCUACACCAACAACUUCAGCAGCCUGGUGUAUAAGAAUCUACAGAUUGCUAAGAACUCAUACAACGAUGCCCUCCUUACAUUUGUGUGGAAAAUGGUGGAGGAUUUCAGAAGAGGUGUCAAAAAAGAGGACAAAAAUGGCAAGGAUGACAUAGAGAUACAGCUGCUGGAUAUAUCUCUUGUUACAAGGCACCCCUUGCAGGCUCUCUUUAUCUGGGCAGUCCUUCAAAAUAAAAAAGAACUAUCCAAAGUCAUAUGGGAACAGACUAGAGGCUGCACUUUGGCAGCAUUAGGGGCAAGCAAGCUCCUGAAAAGCUUGGCUAAGGUAAAGAAUGAUAUCAAUGCUGCUGGGGAAUCGGAGGAGCUGGCAAAUGAAUAUGAGACAAGAGCUGUGGAGUUGUUCACAGAAUGUUAUAGCAGUGAUGAAGAUCUGGCUGAACAGCUGCUUAUCUAUUCCUGUGAAGCUUGGGGUGGAAGCAAUUGUCUGGAACUUGCUGUGGAAGCUAAGGACCAACAGUUCAUUGCCCAGCCAGGAGUCCAGAAUUUUCUUUCAAAACAGUGGUAUGGAGAGAUUUCCAGAGAUACCAAGAAUUGGAAGAUCAUUCUGUGCCUUUUCCUUUUCCCUUUACUAUGCUGUGGCUUCAUCUCCUUCAGGAAAAAGCCUUCUGAGAGGAGCAAAAAGCUGUUCUUCUACUAUGCAUGGUUCUUCACUUCACCAUUUGUAGUCUUCUCUUGGACUGUUAUCUUCUACAUUGCCUUCCUCCUGCUGUUUGCCUAUGUCCUGCUUAUGGAUUUCCAGAAGGAGCCCACCAUGCUGGAACUGAUCCUUUAUGUGCUGGUCUUCAUCCUGCUUUGUGAUGAAGUGAGACAAUGGUAUAUGAAUGGUAGUAAGUACUUUUCAGACAUGUGGAAUGUUAUGGAUACCCUGGGAAUUUUUUACUUCAUAGCAGGAAUUGUGUUCAGGCUCCACUCUUCAAAUGAAACAUCCUGGUAUUCUGGCAGAGUAAUUUUUUGUCUGGAUUACAUUAUUUUUACUCUAAGGCUGAUCCAUAUUUUCACUGUAAGCAGAAAUCUAGGUCCCAAGAUAAUUAUGCUUCAGAGGAUGCUGAUAGAUGUCUUCUUCUUCCUGUUCCUCUUUGCUGUGUGGAUGGUUGCUUUUGGUGUAGCCAGACAAGGGAUACUACGGAAGAAUGAACAGCGUUGGGAAUGGAUAUUUCGAUCAGUCAUUUAUGAGCCCUACCUUGCAAUGUUUGGCCACUACCCUACUGAUAUUGAUGGCACCACAUAUGAUUUUGAUCACUGCACCUUCAUUGGAAAUGAAUCCAAGCCUCUGUGUGUAGAAGUGGAUUCUAACCACGCACCUCGAUUCCCAGAGUGGAUCACCAUUCCAUUAGUGUGUAUCUACAUGCUCUCCACCAAUAUUCUCCUGGUUAACUUAUUAAUAGCCAUGUUUGGUUAUACAGUUGGAUCAGUUCAAGAGAAUAACGACCAAGUCUGGAAGUUCCAGCGCUAUUUCUUGGUUCAAGAGUACUGCAAUCGCUUAACUAUACCAUUUCCUUUUGUCAUCUUUGCCUAUAUCUACAUGGUGAUGAGGAAACUUUUUAAAUGCUGUUGUAAAAAUGAAUGCAAACAACCAUCCAUUUGCUGUUCAAGAAAUGAAGAUAAUGAAACUCUGGCAUGGGAAGCUGUCAUGAAAGAAAAUUACCUAGUCAAAAUCAAUACCAAGGCUAAUGACUCAUCAGAAGAAAUGGCCCAGCAAUUUAGACAAUUGGAUAUGAAGCUGAAUGAUCUGAAGUGUCUUCUGAAAGAUCUUGCUAACAAACUCAGAUGA